UUGGCGGCCAUCAGCUAUUAACGCUCUUCUGCCGACGUCGCCGGCUCCACGCUGCGUCUAGAGCUGCCCGACGUCACUUGCCAUGGCCUACAAGAACAAGUACCACGACGACUCGGACGCCGACGACGAGUAUGAGCGCAGCGUCGUCAGUCCUGCCCUGCCCCUCGACUACGAAGAGAGUUCUCCCACCGAUUCAGGCCCGCUGAGUGCAGAGCAUACGCCGACUACUUUCACCCACUCCCGAGACAGCAAGGGCAGUCCCACUGGUCUCAUAUCUGAGUGGACCGCAGAGCAGACCAGAGACUUUAUAUCAGAGCUUGGGCUGGGCAAAUAUGCAACCAAGUUCGUUGACGAGGGCAUUACCGGAGAAGCUCUGGUAGCGCUGCAGCCGGAAGACCUCAAAGAGCUGAAUGUCAACAGCCUGGGACACCGGCUCACCAUCCUCAAGGCCGUCUAUGAGAUCAAGGUCAAGCAGAAUGUACCCAUGGAUCCAGACCACUACAUCCCACUCUCCGCAGACACGUCUGCGCAGGAAGCCCCACCUACCCAGGAGGAUCUCGCCCAUGUGAUACGAGUACUCCAGAAUCGAGAUGAGGAGAUACAAAUGAUCAAGUCCGAGCUGAGGCAUUCGAAGGACGAUUUGAGCCGGUUGCUGGAUGAGAAUAGGAAGCUUCGUGAGGAAUUCCUACCCCUCGUGCGGAUGUUGAAAGACAGUCAGCAGCCCUUACCUACCCCCAACGAACAUGUCACAUCACCGCCGGCGCAGCAGGAGAGGGCAGGGAGCAGCCUGUCGCGGAAGUUCUCUACCAAGAAGCUCUUCCUUGGAUCAGCGCCUAAGAACCCAUCGCCCACCAUUCAUGAGGGUCGGACACUGGUUGAUAACACGAACCUAGAUCCUUCAGCGGCUGCGCUCGCGGCGUCUUCCCAUCUUACUGCUUCUAUGACGGGUGGACAGCAGAUGUCCCCCAAUUCCGCACCGCAACCGUCGCCGACAUCUCCAGCCUAUUCGCAGAACCAGAAUCGUGCGUACAACCGCUCAGACAUGCCCCGCAGCGGACACCCCGACCACGAAACUACCCCGAGCUGGCCUAAUACUAAUACAUGGGCUUCAGAUUCAACUGCUGUAUCUGACAGGAACCGUGAUAUGCGGAAUAACACCCCUGCCCCGCUGUCGUCGCGCCCGAUGCGGAACAACGCUGCGCCAACGCCCGACCCUAACGACCGUGACCGGGAGCCGCCGCUGUCUGGAGGCAUGAACUCUAGCUCUUCUACGCUGCAGAACCCGCCGUCAUCCGCCCCCGCCCAGACACCAUCGUCGAAUCCGCAAGUUGAGAUCUUUAAGUCGUUCCGCGUCUCCAUCGAUGAUCCGUGCCAUAAGGUCCUUCCUGUUGCGCUCAAGAAGUACAACAUCACGGCAGACUGGCGGCAGUAUGCGCUCUACAUCGUACACGGUGAUCAGGAGCGAUGCCUGGGCUUGAACGAGCGACCCUUGAUCCUGUUCAAGCAGCUCGACAAGGAAGGCCGGAAGCCGAUGUUCAUGCUCCGCAAGCACGCCGCGCCAGCCGAGGGUCAUGUCAGCACAGUUGGUGGUGGCGAUGUGAGGAGUGUGGGAACUGGAGGGGGAUUCGGAUGGGAUGGAGGAAACCGAGGAGUGCAGUUGCCUGGAGGUGUCCUGUAAGUUGUAUCAAGUCGCCUACGCGUGCAAACUGCAUUGCAAGAGUCGAUUUACUGGUUUCAUCCCAUUCCCCCCUUGCUGAUGUUUACCA